UUAAUCCCCGGUGUGGCUACGCAUCCUGGUCACGUGUAUAAAUAGCGUAGUUGCUCGCUCGUCUGACGCAGAGUCAGUGGUUCCCGAGUUCGUCGCGAUGGCUGUCAUGCUCGUUCCUUCACUGCUUCUGGUCCUCAGCGCCUCGGCUGUUCACGGGAGGGAGUCGUCGGAUGACGCGGAAGCUCUGCAACAGGCAUUCGCAAUAAUGAAACACCCUGUCGCCUACUUCACCUCGGUCGACUUCCCCAGCGAGCGGUGCCUGAGAGCCGAUCUUAAAGAGUUAAAUGACCACCGAGCCGUCUACGUUUUUCAUUACCAGAGCCAAGAUGGCCAAUCCGGUGGGUAUACACGUGACUACUGCAUUAAUGUCUCUGCAACCGAAUCUGGAAAAUUCCCCUUCGGUCCCUGUGACGACAGCGAAUCGGCUGGCAUGGCUCAGACGCUUUUCUUUGACGGCCACAGCUGUUUUGGCGGUCGAUAUCCGCUUUCCGGCACCGAUCAAUGCAUCCUUUGGGUAGAAGAAGAGUACAAGGAUUCCGUGUCCGACGAGUGCCUGCAACGCUAUGACCAGAAAUGCGGGUCAAAGAAGUACAAACUUUACGACAGCGAGCAAUGCCGCUAAAGCUGUUUGACAGCUCGUGCUCAGCACGCUUUGCGAAAUGUCGCACAAACAGCUGCGAUUUAGUCUGUUUCUGUAGGCUUGAAAAUAAAAUGAUGUAGAAUACGUC